AGCCCUGCUGGAGCAGGCCCCGUCCCGCCGGACCGAUCCGAUUCCCGACUCCACCCGAGGCCCCGCCCCAGCGGGCACACACGCUUCCGACCGGCCCUGAGGCUCCGCCCUCAGUCUCCAGCAACGCCCCCUUCCGGGUCUCUCUUGGUUCCCCGCUCCGCGCGGGCCGGCGCCCUCCAUGUCCCGGUCAUCUGAGACAUGCUGCUUGAUUGCCUGUCCGCCGAGGGCGAGCAGCGCUGCCGGCAACUGCUAGCGGGGACCACUGCCCGGCUACGCUCGCGGCCCGCGGCGGCCGCAGUGCUCGUGCCGCUGUGCCUGGUGCGCGGUGUCCCAGCGCUGCUCUACACGCUGCGCUCCAGCCGCCUGCGCGGGAGGCACAAGGGGCAAGUCAGUUUCCCAGGCGGUAAGUGUGACCCCGACGACCAAGAUGUAAUACAUACGGCCCUUCGGGAGACUCAAGAGGAGCUGGGUCUAGAAGUGCCCAAGGAGCACGUGUGGGGUGUCUUGCAGCCUGUGUAUGACCGGGGAAAGGCAACUGUAGUCCCUGUGCUUGCCAACGUGGGCCCAUUGGAUCUGCAGAGCCUCAGGCCCAACCCUGAGGAGGUGGAUGAAGUGUUUGAGCUGUCUCUGGCCCACUUGCUGCAGACACAGAACCAGGGGUAUACCCACUUCUGCCAGGGCGGCCACUUCCGCUACACAAUGCCUGUCUUCUUGAAUGGACCACACCGUGUCUGGGGCCUCACAGCUAUCAUCACUGAGUUCACCCUGAAGUUGCUGGCCCCUGACAUCUACCAGCCCUACCUAGUUGUCCCUGAGCUGCCUAGGAGUUGAGGCCUGGCCUUUAAGUGCCUCUGCCUUCAUUUGACCAGGCCACUCCAGAGCUGAUUAAAAGUCUUUGACAACUCUCCCUCAGCAUCUUCUGUGUGGAACAUGGAAAAGUAGGGCAUGGUGGCACACCCUUGGAAUUCCAGCACUGGGGAACAGUUAGGUGGAUCUCUUGGGGCUGCUGGCCAGCCCGGAUAGGCUACUUGGUGAGAACCAGACCAAAUGAAAGACCCUGUUUCAAAAAAAAAAAAAACAAAAAAAAAAAAACAAGAUGGGGUUGGUGAGAUGGCUGGGUGGGUAAAGCUACCUGCCACAAAGCCCGACAACCAUUGUCUGACUUGGGGACCCACGUGGUGGAAGGGGAGAACCAACUCCUGCGAGUUGUCCUCUGACCUCCACAUGCAUGCUCACAUAUGUAUAUGGAGA